AUGGUGAGGGUCAUGGAUAUUUUGAAAGCAAAAGAGGGCUUAGACAAGGUGACACAAUGUUACCCUGCUAUUUGUGAUUGUUAUGGAGCACCUGUCCAGAACUCUUUAAAAAUGAGUCAUUUACCUGAUUUUAAGUUCCAUCCUAUGUGUAAAACACUCUGUCUUAAUCACCUGAUAUUUGCUGAUAAUCUUAUGAUCUUUUGUAAAGGUGAUCAGGCAUUAGUAACUAGAGUUGUGGAGGCACUACAACACUUUAGUCAUGCUACCGGGCUAAAGGCUAACUUAGACAAGUCGAGUAUGUUUCUUGCUGGAGCGGAUGAACAAACAAAGCAGGUGUUACUAGCUCAAACAUGCUUCACAUUAGGUACAUUUCCCAUAAGAUAUUUGGGAUUGUCAUCGUCCUCAAAGAAAUGGAGUAAAAUGGAAUGUCACCAACUAGUGAAAAAACUCACAAAUAAGAUAAAUGUCAGUUACUCUAGGCAGUUAUCAUAUGCUGGCAAGUUGCAAGUUAUAAAUGCUAUUCUGUUUUCUAUUUUUAAUUUCUGGGGUACAAUGUUUAUUCUUCCCCGGGGCAUUUUGAAAGAGGUGGAUCAAAAGUGUAAAAGCUAUCUACGGUGUUCCUCAACUGAAAAAAAGAAAGUGGCACUAGUAGCAUGGGAGAAAGUUUGCGUACCUAAGAGAUUUGGUGGACUCAAUAUUAAAAGUAGCAGGCGUUGGAAUAUGACUUUUGUUGGGAGAUUAGUAUGGCAAUUAGCUCUAAAGAAGGAUGUCUUGUGGUUAAAGUGGGUCAAUGGCCUCUAUAUGAGAAAUCAAAACGAUAUUUGA